AAAAAAAGCCUCCCAUAAAACGUAUUUCUUCCAAUAAGAAAACGACACGUAAGUACCAAAACUUCCGCUCUCCAAUGAAGUCUUCCCAUAAUACAACAAAUGUCAAAUUCAAUUUCAAUUCCAAUUCCAGUUCCAGUUCAUCCUUCCCUCGUAGUCUCCUUCUUUUCACUCUUUAAUUUCUCUCUCUCUCUCUCUCUCUCCCCUCUGAAUGCACUGCGAAUUCAUCGCUGAACUUAAAGCUCCUGCAAUCGAUAGAUCAAGCAGAAAUCUGAAUUUAUAAGCCCUAAUUUCAGCUCAAAAUGCUCUCAAAAUCCCUUGGAAUUAUCCUAAUUCUAGGGUUUUUGCUAAAUCUUUCACAUUCCCUUAGAUUUGAUCUUCAAUCAGGCCAUACAAAAUGUAUUUCAGAAGACAUCAAAAGCAAUUCUAUGACUGUUGGAAAGUACCACAUCGUGAAUCCUAAUGAAGGAACUCCAUUGCCGGAUACUCAUAAAGUCACUGUUAGGGUGACAUCGGCGUAUGGGAAUAAUUAUCACACGGCGGAUCAUGUGGAAUCGGGGCAGUUUGCGUAUACAGCUGCUGAAGCAGGUGAUUAUAUGGCGUGUUUUUGGAGUCCAGAGCAUAAUCCACCUGUGACGGUUACUGUUGACUUUGAUUGGAAAACUGGUGUUGCUGCUAAGGAUUGGGGUAGUGUUGCUAAAAAAGGAACCGUUGAGGUUAUGGAGUUAGAGUUAAAGAAACUAAUGGAUACAGUAAACUCCAUUCAUGAGGAAAUGUUUUACCUUCGUGAAAGGGAAGAAGAGAUGCAAGCGUUAAACAGAGCUACCAACUCUAGAAUGUAUUGGUUGGGUGUUCUCUCGGUUGUUAUUUGCUUAUCAGUGGCUGGCUUGCAAGUAUGGCACCUCAAACACUUCUUUGAGAGAAAAAAGCUGCUCUAAGUUAGAAGUUCUGUAAAAUUUUUCAAGCAGAGUAGUAGUGAUAUAUUUUUAAAUGCCCAAAUCACAUUAAAUUUACGUCAUAGGUUUUUUUGUUGGAGAUAAAAAGUUAUUUGGUUUUGAAUUAUAAUGGUUAAAUUAUAUGCUAUCAGUUUAUGUGAA